CUCAAUUGCGCCGGAAAAGAAGGAUGGGGUGGUUGAGCUCUUACGCCGGUGCAGUCGCACUAGCUCUUGCUCCCACAAUUGCUCCUUCUUUUCACUCCACACACACUCUUUUCUUCCAACAAUUCCCAAACCAUCUCUUCAAAUGCCACACCUUUUCAACUCUCUCUCUUACUUAUCGCAAGCUGUUGGUGCCUCCUCCGUGCCACGCGCUACGCGCUGCUGCACAACCUUCAAGGGAUGAUUAUGAUGAUUCUGAUUUCGUGGUUGUCAAUUUCUACCAUUUUGUGUUUAUCAAAGAUCCUCAAGCUGAGGUCACUAAACACCUUUCGUUCUUGGAGGGUCUCAAUCUUGACAUCAAUGGAAGAGUUUAUUUGAAUGAACAAGGGAUUAAUGCGCAGUUUAGUGGACCAUCAAAAGAUGCACUGAAAUAUGUCAACUGGUUGAGAGAGGAUAAGAGGUUUUCAGAUAUCCUGGUUCAGAUAUCUCCAUCACAAAAUGGACAUGCCUUUCCAAAAUUGAAGUUGCGGUAUAAGCCCUCAUUAGUACAGGUUGAAGGUGGCGUAUCACAUCUUCCUCUGCUUGAUCCUUCAAUGCGGGCAAUACCUUUAGAACCUUCAGAAUGGAGAAAUAGAUUGGAACCAACCAAUAAAAAUGAUCUUACAUCAAAAGAAUAUCUAAAGAGGAAUUACAUUCUAUUGGAUGUAAGAAAUGGUUAUGAGUGGGAUAUUGGACAUUUUAAUGGGGCCCAACGACCUAAUGUGGACUGCUUUAGGAGUACUUCAUUUGGUAUGUCUCAACAAGAGAUCUCUGCAUCAGAUCCUUUAUCAAAUAUAGAUAAAGAAAACACAAACAUAUUGAUGUAUUGCACUGGAGGGAUUCGCUGUGAUGUAUAUUCUACAAUACUAAGGCAGCAAGGAUUUCAGAAUUUGUAUACCUUGAAAGGAGGUGUUUCUCACUAUUUAAAGAAUGAAGGUCCUGCAAAAUGGGUAGGAAACUUAUUUGUAUUUGACUCUCGUCUCUCUCUCCCUCCGUCUGUGUACUAUCCCCAGGCCACAACUGAAGCAGACAUGACCCAAUUUUCGGGAGUUGAUAAGUUUGCAAAAUGCUACCUAUGUAGUUCAGAAGUCAGCGAAUUGAGACAUAGGAAUUGUGCAAAUCUUGACUGUAAUUUGCUGUUUUUAUGCUGCAGUCAAUGUGUAAAGGACCUAAGGGGAUGUUGUUGUUUGAGUUGCACUACUGCCCCGCGGCUUAGACCUGUUCUAAUCGGAGAUUCGAGAUACAAAAAGUGGCACAUCUAUCGCGAUAUGGAUUUGCAACACAGCAUGAAAAUUUCAGCUUGAAUAGACAUUUUUUUUAUUAACCACAGCAGCAUGCCAUCAUAUAAUUUCAUAAGGCCAGUUAUCUGGAUUGUAACUGUUUAUGAAGCGUGCAGUGAAAAGCCAUACUGCAGUAAGCUAAUGUUGUAACAUUAUUGAAAUUUAACCAUGUAAGUAUUUAAUAGAAUUUGCCAACGAGUUAUAGCUCAAAUGACAUAGUCUCACCUCCUCACCUAGAGGUCUCAAAUUCGAGUUACACUCCUAACUUUGAGGAAAAAAAAAGUAUUCAACGGAAUUUUGUUUAUGUAAACGUGCUCUAUUUUUGCUCAGUCAAGUUAGUCUUUACAAAGUUUCCAAUUCGUUGUGCGAUCUUUUUUAGCGUUGGACAGUUUUACAUCCCCCCACACUAAACCAUUUUCUGGGUUAUUUUCAUUUGUAAUGAAAAUAAAACUAUACUUCAUUUACAGAAAGUAAUUAUAGAAAAUAAAAAUGAAAACCUAAACCCUAAAUCCUACGACGAUCAACAUGCUAGUACACUAUCGUAUCAAUAUGCGUUGGUCGCUUCUUACGUCCUAUUUAGAUGGAAAAUUAAAUGAACCACUGUGAUAUAAAAGGAUCUUAGUAUUACUCUAGAAAAGAUAAUUUCUCAAUUCCUAAACAUUAACUUGAAACACUAGAAAUUAAUUUGAGGAUAGAAAAUGGUCUGUCAUUUGUUAAUAGGUUGUUACAUAUAUAAGGUAAGAUUUGAAUCUCUAAUAAUUAUUUAAACAGACAGGAGUAAUUACUCCAUGAACUCAGGCUGGUUUACAGUAUCAAU